AUGAAACCGACUACACUCCACCCUCCCGGCUCCACCCCGACGGUAUUUCCCGGCCUCACCACCACCGACGGCGGCCGCGGCGGUGGCGGCGCCUCCCCCUUGGCGAUGUCGCUCGGCUUUCGGCUGCGAAAUCACCCUCACCUCCGCCGAUUCCAUGGCGACGGGUCCGGCGGCGGCGAGGCCACCAACUCCUUCCUCGAUAACGUCAGGGAGGCGAUCGUGGACAAGGCGCGGGAAGUCCGCGACGCCAUCGGCACGAAGAAGUACGACGAGCUCACGCUUUUCAAGAGGAAGGGGCAGCCCACGGUUCACGUGCCCACCGGCCGCGUUGUUGCCGAGAGGGCGUGGGCCGAGCUCGACGCCCGCCGGACCGUGCGGUUCAGCCCGAGGAUAGGGGCGGUCCUGGUGCCAACCCGGAAGGAAACCUUCCCCAAGCCCGCCGACGUGGCGGCUAGCUUCGUCACGGCCGAGGAACGUGCCGGGGCAGAGAAAGAAAUUUCACCGACAGGAUCAGGUAGAUCGGAGUGGCAAGCGCUCUUGUUGGAGACUCGCCACGAGGCCAGGGAGAGGCAAGAAACACAGGCUCAGCUUCAGCGAGAGCGGGACCAAGAAGAGGAGCAGCGGCACGAAUGCCAGCAACCGAGAAAGCUUGCACAGAAAGAACGCCCCCGCAACGUGUUCGAGGCGCUCUUCCUUCAACGGCGAAACACGGCCAACAGCAACGACGAGGUCGACGGGCCGAGACAUGGGGGCUUUGGCGUGAGGCGGCCGUUGGGGGAAGGUAGAAAGAAAGUCCACCAUGUAUCCGACCCCUCCCUCGUCGGCUCCAACGCAGAAGGGAGGACUGCCGGGUAA